AUGAUCCUGAAGGGGCAGGUGCUCGUCUUCGCGAGGUCCAAGCAGGCCGCCGAGGAGUUUGGCCCAGAGCAUGAAGGACCGCAUGGGCAUGCAGGUGGAGGUGAUCCAUGGCGACAAGGAGACCAGACAGAGCGGGUGCGGAUCAUGGAUGUCUUCAGGAGGCGGCGCGUGAGCGUCUUGGUCGCCACGGACCUCGCGUCGCGCGGCCUCGACGUGCCCAACAUCAGGACUGGACGGGGGAGGACGGUGGUGUCCUACGACGCGGCCCGCGACCUCCAGACCCACACGCACCGCAUAGGGCGCACGGGCCGCGCAGGCGUGCAGGGCGAGGCGCACACGCUGGUCUGCAGCGACAAGGGCGGCAGGAGGACCGCGGCGAUGCUGGUGGAGAGCAUGGAGCAGACCGGCCAGCGAGUCCCCGCAGGAACCUCGUGGCGCUGGCCAUGA